GCCGCACCCCCGGUGAUGCGAAGGGCGACGCGUCCGCCUCUGAGCCGCAGGGCCGGGCGCCGGCCGGGAGGAGCCGUGACGUCAGCGGCGGGGCUGAGCGCUUUGUGGAAGAUGGAAGCACGGGCAGGGUUCGGGACCUCGACGCUCGCGCGUUCCCUCGCCCUCGCCCUCGCGCUCGCGCUCCUCGCCGCCGUCGGUUGUCAGAAGGACCGGGCUGCUGAUGACAUUACAGAAAAGCUAAAGGCAACUACUGGAAAUCAUUCAGCAAAUACUCCAGUCAGUGUAACAUCCCAGGCAACUUACUCAGAAAGUAAGAAAUUAAUAGAUGAAAUAAUAAUACCAAACAAUCUUACAACAGCGAAGAACACCACCUCCAGCAGCAGCAGCAGCACCACUACUACCACCACCACCACCACUACCACCACAUCUUCAACAACAUCAAAUCCAACUACAACAACGGUUAGAAGUGUAACCAUGCAUCCUAUGGGAACAAUACAGAGAGAAACUGGCCAAAAUUCUGAGCAGAUGACCCCAAAAUUGAUCACAUCAACAGUAAACGUUAAUAUCACUGAACCAGAAACAGAGAUAAUGGUCAUUGGCACAGAUAUUGAUGAAGAUGAAACAAUUACUUCAAAUAUAGUUCCAGAAAAGAUGGAUGAGAUGACAGAUAAUGAACUGUUGUUUGUUGAACAGAAUGAUUCACCAACCUAUUAUGAUCAAGGUGAAGAUAGAGGGGCAGAAGACUAUCUUGAUGAAAACCAAAUGGAUGAGAAUGACCUGGAAAGUGAUGACUUGGAGGAACGUCCUGAACUUCCUGAUAAACCAAUAUAUAUCACCACACCUGAAGAAGAUGAUGGUCACUUCUUUUUUUACUUGGUUGCUGCUGCUUUUCUGAUUGCUGUUAUUUACAUUACAUAUCACAACAAAAGAAAGAUUUAUAUUCUCUUAGUUCAAAGCAGACGUUGGAAGGAUAGCCUGUGCUCAAGGACAGUUGAAUAUCAGCGGUUGGACCAAAACAUACAUGAUGCGAUGCCAUCACUUAAAAUCACAAAGGAUUAUAUUUUCUAAAUGUAUUAUUUCAUUUGUUGCAUUUGUUUCAAUUUUUUGUUUGACUUUUGUUGUUGAAGCAAUGAAAAUUCUUAAACUGCUACCUGUGUUAAUUGUAAAUUUUGUUUAAUAAUAGCCCAAAAUAAUAUUACUAAUAUUCAAGCAUAUACCUUGUGGUGGUAAUCUGAUUCACUGCAUCUGUUUUAUUGGAUUAUCAAUUGCAAUGGCUGUUGUUUGGAAGAACAGUUUACUUAUCCUUGCUGUCAAGAUAAUCUAUUCUAAACAAUAACCUCAAAAUUAGCAGUUGACUACUAAUUUUUCUCAAAUGACAUUGUUUGAACUGAAUGAUAGUUAAAAGAUCAGUUGAUAAAAUUUUAUAAAUGCCUCAUUUUAACAUUGAAUUGAGUUUCCUAGAAAAAAAAAUCAAUGGACAGAAAAUGCAUACUUAUUUUUACCAGUGGGCUACUUGUUUCUAUCAAUGACCUAUCUUUUUUAAAACUUCAACAAAAUUGAUACAUCAUCAUGAAAAGUUGUGAUGACUUAUUUUUGGAUGUCAUAUGUUAAUUGUCUUAAUACCUCAUGCUAUUAAAGUAUUGCUAAGUAAUAAUUUAGCCAUAACCAGAUUAAAAUAUAUAAACUGCCUGUAACCUUAGCAAAAUGCAUCAGCUUCAAUAUUUUUUUCCUUCCUUCCUUACUUACCUUAAUCAUUCCAAUGCACAUAUCCAUGGUACCAUUUUGCUUUCUUUAGUGUAUUAGCACACUAUUUUGCAAUUUCAAUAUACUAUCUUAAAUUGUGUACUUUACCAGUUAUCACUUAUUUGUAUAAAUAUAAGCUUCAGUGUAAGAACUGAUAUAAAUAACUUGUCAAAAUCUUUGAAUCUGUUUGAUUCAAAAAUAUUUCACUUAAGGUAGUUUCUGGAGUAGAUUAUUAUUGCCUGAGUAACAAUGCAAGAUUUUGAAAAAAAAUUGUUUAGUUAUCUAACUUGUAUUUAAGAAACAGGCAAACUCUUAAGUGAUUUAGGCUGAAAUUGGUUGACUUAGAAUGAUUUGAUUGGUGGGUUUGCAUGGCAGAUGAAACUUCCUUAAGAUAUUAGUCUUCUGUCAAUGCUGUUUACAUACACGUUUGAUCGUUUGUCAAAAGCAUUGCAAAGGGAGCAUAAUUCAAAAUAUGGUAACUUUUUGUUUCUACCUAUAUGUUUUAAUAAAGUUUUUUGAAUUAA